AUGGUCUCCGGGGAGGAGGUUAGAUCAGUGGCUGCGGCGCGGCGCUGGGGGGCCGCAGGGGCGUGGGGGAGAGCCUGGGCCCCGGGGCAGCGCGCAUGGAGCCCGCGGGGCGCGGAGCCUGAACUCCACGGCGCGCUCCUCCAGGGCCGCGGUGCCGCAGGCCGUGCGGAGCUGGCAGCGGCGGCGGGCCGGCGCGCUGGGACUGCCACUUCCUCACUUGGAGUCCCCGGGACUUUCACGGCCUCCCGCGGUGUCUUCUUCGGGUGUUUUCCUCCCCUUCAGAGGGAGGGCGAGCUCUCCGGGGUCCGCCUUCUCGAAGCCCGGGGAGUGGCCGAGAGCGCAGGGCAGCCGGCGGCGGCGAGGGGCGCGGAGACCGCCCGGGGGGGCUGCCGUGGGUCCUCCGCCCGGCGCGCGCUGUCCAGUCUUCAGACGGCUUGGGGAGGACGAAAAUCCAGCAUCCUGUCUCUCUCGCCCGCCCUCACGCCUUCCUUUUUUCCUGUCUUACAAAUCCUAGGAUCAUCCAGCUCAGGAAAUGCUGGAAGGAAGUUAGCUAGGGAGGGGGGCGGAGGGUGGAAAUUUUUGGCAGCUCCGCUCUGGUGUGUGUAUGGAGCCGGAGGAAGUAGGUGGGUGGGUUGA